AUGAAUCCUCAAGGCUCGUCGUCUUCUGCAAAUCUCCCGUCACGCAAGAGGGGUCAAGUCUACAACACGGCCAGCACCGGUCUCGACUUUGUGGCAAAUGUAGCCGAGGCAUCAGAUAUACUCUCUCCUCUCAAGGCAGCCUGUAAAGCCACCAAAUCCAUUCUCGAUGUCCUCCAAACUGUCGAAGACAACCAAGAAGACUGGGAUGAUCUGACACGGCGUCUGGAGGAAUACAUGUUUGCUAUCGACAAUCAAAUCGAUUCGUUCGAAAAGUAUCCCGCAGAAGAGAGGGUCGUCGACGAGGCAUUCAAGCAACCGCUGAUUCACUAUGUAGAGCUACUGGAGGAUUUCCAAGAGACAGUCGCGCAUCACAGGCAUAAACGAAGCCGGAACGCCUUUGCUUCAUUGUCUGGAAUAGGCAAAGUCAAAUUGGAUGCUGGGUUAAUUCGCAAGUUCAAUCGUGAUAUCGAGGAUCGCCACAGGCAGCUACUGGACCAAUUAAGUCUCUUUACUGCCUACCGUAUUCAAGUGAUCGAGCGGAAGGUCGAGUCCACCAAGGCCAAUACAGAGGUGACCAAAGCCAAAGUGGAAACAAUCCUUUCCGAUGUCGACACCACUGCUAUCCUCCAGCUACCCAUGGCUGCGUUUGUCGCGUCCUCGGUCCAUGCUCCCUGUUUACAAGGAACCCGGCAGGCCGUUCUCGACAAGAUCUCGCAUUGGGCUGAGGAUGAUAUGUCAGACAAACCAAUAUUUUGGUUAUGCGACAUAGCUGGCUCUGGCAAAUCGUCAGUGGCCAUGUCCGCAGCAGCGUCGUGGCGAGCCGAGGGAACACUGGGGGCCCAGUUCUUCUUCUCGAUGACCAGCGCCGAAGCAUCGAAUACUGAAAAGCUAUGCUCGACUAUAGCCAGGGAACUCACACACCAUAUACCCGCUCUUUCGCCACAUAUCGCCGAUGCUGUGAAGCGAAGUCCAGCCAUCACGCGAAAUUCGCUCGGCGAGCAGUUCAGCACGCUCGUCGCUGGUCCACUAAACCAUCUAGAUAAGCGCGUGAUCAUCGUUAUCGACGCCAUCGACGAAUGCAAGUUAGGAUCACAGCGAAGAGAACUUGUGGAGACCCUUGCUAAAGGUGUCCGAGAAAGCAAGAAUCUCAAGAUCCUCAUGACGAGUCGACCGGACCCUGUCAUCGAAGCAGUUCUGAAAGAGCUUUCGAUCAAAGAAAAGCUAGAAGACCGGCUGCACGAUCCCAACCAUUCGGAUAAUAUCGACGACAUUGCGGUCUAUGUCCAUCGGUCAUUGUAUCGAGUUCUCUCCCAGGACAGGAGGCAACGACUGGUCGAAAAGGCCAAUGGGCUGUUCAUCUGGGCAAGCACGGCAUGUCGAAUGCUCACUAGCAAGACCAGCUUGAGCUCGUCUACGGCUAUAUAUGAUCGUCUGAUUUCUAUGGACCAACCUGGAGUCAUAGACGACGUAUAUAGCCUCAUUUUUGAGCGCAUAGACUCCGAAGACCAUAUGGUUAUGCGCACAAUGUUGGCCUUGCUGCUCGCUGCAUUUGAGCCGCUCACUAUAGACGACCUGGACGACCUGAUUGAACAUUCCAACGUGCUCGGAAGUGCCAAGGCGUUGGUAGAGAACCUGGGAAGCGUACUCAGCGUGGAUCCAAGGACAGAUCUGAUCCAGUUUCGUCACCCGACAUUCGUGGAGUACUUGCGACGGUGCACCAUUGCUCCAGCCACCGGUGACCGCAAUAGAAUGUAUCUCAACGUAGCUGAUGCGCAUGGUCAAGCCGUAUCAUGGUGUUUCAGAAACCUUAAAUCGCGAACAAAGGGUCUCAAGUUCAACAUAUGUCAAAUCGAGUCGUCUUUCCUCCUUAACAGACAGAUCUCCGACCUGGACUUCAGGGUGUCCAAGUUCAUUCCAAGAAGACUUCGAUAUGCCAGCUCGCAUUGGCUGUUCCAUUUGUCCAGGACAGACGACAGCUGGCAACGGAAGCUCAAGAGAGAACUGGAACAGAUUAUAGAAGGGUCAUAUGUGCUAUACUGGGCGGAGGUUCUAAGCCUUAUUGGAGGAGUGCCACGAGCGAUAGCGGGACUUCGAGCUGCUACAAGCCACAUAGGAAUUGAAAAGGAGAACAAGAACAGGAUGACGGAAAUUCGACGAUUUCUAAUGGCAUUUUCGGUGGCGAUCCAGGACAGUGCUGCACACAUAUACGUCUCGGCACUUGCAUUUACUCCCAGGAAGUCAUCACUGCAUAGGGAGAAGGCAGAAAAAUAUAGGAAUACUCUGAGUGCUAUCCGGGGGGUAGAAGAGACAUAUCUGGACCUCCCCAGAACUCUUCGAGGUCACGAGCGAUCAGUCUUGACCGUCGGAUUCUCGCCAGACGGCUCACGAAUCGUCUCUGGCUCUUCUGACAAGACCAUUCGACUGUGGGACGCAGACACUGGUCAGCCAUUGGGAGAGCCACUUCGAGGUCACGAAGGAGUGGUCUGGGCCGUCGGAUUCUCGCCAGACGGCUCACGAAUCGUCUCUGGCUCUUCUGACAAGACGAUUCGACUGUGGGACGCAGACACUGGUCAGCCAUUGGGAGAGCCACUUCGAGGUCACGAGGGAUCCGUCUUGACCGUCGGAUUCUCGCCAGACGGCUCACGAAUCGUCUCUGGCUCUUUUGACAAGACGAUUCGACUGUGGGACGCAGACACUGGUCAACCAUUGGGAGAGCCACUUCGAGGUCACGAGGGAUCCGUCUUGACCGUCGGAUUCUCGCCAGACGGCUCACGAAUCGUCUCUGGCUCUUCUGACAAGACGAUUCGACUGUGGGACGCAGACACUGGUCAGCCAUUGGGAGAGCCACUUCGAGGUCAUGAAGAUUGGGUCCGGGCCGUCGGAUUCUCGCCAGACGGCUCACGAAUCGUCUCUGGCUCGGAUGACAAGACGAUUCGACUGUGGGACGCAGACACUGGUCAGCCAUUGGGAGAGCCACUUCGAGGUCAUGAAGAUUGGGUCCGGGCCGUCGGAUUCUCGCCAGACGGCUCACGAAUCGUCUCUGGCUCGGAUGACAAGACGAUUCGACUGUGGGACGCAGACACUGGUCAGCCAUUGGGAGAGCCACUUCGAGGUCACGAAGAUUUGGUCUGGGCCGUCGGAUUCUCGCCAGACGGCUCACGAAUCGUCUCUGGCUCUUCUGACAAGACGAUUCGACUGUGGGACGCAGACACUGGUCAGCCAUUGGGAGAGCCACUUCGAGGUCAUGAAGGAUUGGACGGCUCACGAAUCGUCUCUGGCUCUUCUGACAAGACGAUUCGACUGUGGGACGCAGACACUGGUCAGCCAUUGGGAGAGCCACUUCGAGGUCACGAGGAAUCCGUCUUGACCGUCGGAUUCUCGCCAGACGGCUCACGAAUCGUCUCUGGCUCUUUUGACAAGACGAUUCGACUGUGGGACGCAGACACUGGUCAGCCAUUGGGAGAGCCACUUCGAGGUCACGAGGAAUCCGUCUUGACCGUCGGAUUCUCGCCAGACGGCUCACGAAUCGUCUCUGGCUCUUCUGACAAGACGAUUCGACUGUGGGACGCAGACACUGGUCAGCCAUUGGGAGAGGCACCUCCAAGUCAACAGAGAUACGCGAUUAAUUCGGUUACAAUAUCCCCAGACGGCUUCCAGAGGGUCUCUGGCUCACAUGACGGAACAGUUAGUAUAUGGGAUUUGCAUACUGGUGCAAGUCCACAUAGCCCCGAUAUUGAUGACGCCAAGUCGCUAUCUCCCACUCUCAUCGAGUCACCAAAUGCUGUUUCCCUGCAAAUACAGAUACCCGGGUUCAAGCAGUGCUUACUGUUGCACGAUGGCUGGGUGCAAUCAUCUGGCCACUUUCUCUUCUGGGUACCCCCGGAAAAUCGUUAUGGACUUCAAAAUCAGAAUCUUCGUCUGACUAUGCCAACGUCGAGUCCAAAGCGGGCCACCAAACUCGAUUUCACUCAUUUCAAAUGUGGUCUCUCCUGGACAAAUGUAAGGAGUAUCGGCAAGUGA